GUUCAGAGGAAAGAUGGAUCCUGAGAGCCCCCUGCACAGGUGAUGCAAUGGUAGGUAAGAGAGAGGAGCAGAAUUUUCAGCAGGAAAAUGUCGAGCAAGUGGAUAAACACAGAGCAUUUUUGCAAAGAUUGAAAAGGAAUGUAUCCAGCAGUCAUGAGCAGGGAAACUCCUGUGAGAUUCAGCACAAACCGGAAAGAGAGCAGGGAAACCAGCCAGGGAAGAGAGUAGGUAAAUUUAUUUUCUGUCGAGAAACUCGGAAGAGCAUCAAGGAAACCACAACACAGCAGGAAAUCCUCAUGGAAAAGAGGAAAAAUACAUGCUGUGAGUGUGGGAAAACCUUCCCUCACAGAUCAGGCUUUUCUAAACAUCAGAGAAUCCACACAAGGAAGAGGCCCUAUGAAUGCUGUGAGUGUGGGAGAAGCUUCACUCAAAGAUCAACCCUUUCUCGACAUGAGAGAAUUCACACAGGGGAGAGGCCCUAUGAAUGCCGUGAGUGUGGGAAAACUUUCCCUUACAAAUCAAGUCUUGUUGAUCAUAAAAGAAUCCACACAGGCGAGAGGCCCUUUGAAUGCCAUGAGUGUGGGAAAACUUUCACUCGCAGAUCAGACCUUUCUAAACAUCAGAGAAUCCACACAGGGAAGAGGCCCUAUGAGUGCCAUGAGUGUGGGAAAAGCUUCACUGAAGGAUCAGCCCUUUCUCAACAUCAGAGAAUCCACAUAGGGGAGAGGCCCUUUGAAUGCCGUGACUGUGGGAAAACCUUCACUCACAGAUCAGCCCUUUCUCAACAUCAGAGAAUCCACACAGGGGAGAGGCCCUAUGAAUGCCGUGAAUGUGGGAAAACCUUCCCUCACAGAUCAUCCCUUUCUGUUCAUCGGAGAAUCCACACAGGGAAGAGGCCCUAUAAAUGCUGUGAGUGUGGGAAAAGCUACAUUGAGAGAUCAGGCCUUUCUAGACAUCAGAGAAUCCACACAGGGGACAGGCCCUUUGAAUGCAGUGAGUGUGGGAAAAGCUUCAUUACCAGCUCUCACCUUACUGGGCAUCGGAGAAUCCACACGGGAGAGAGGCCCUAUGUAUGCCGGGAGUGUGGGAAAAGCUUCACUCGCAGCUCAAGCCUUAAUAACCAUCAGAGAAUCCACACAGGACAUCAGAGAAUCCACACAGGUAUGAGACCCAAUGGAAGCAGUGAGUGUGGGAAAACCUUGUCUUGCCACUGA